GAUGUCAUCUAAAAGAGCCGGCCGCCAAAGGAGUCGCAUUAACAUGACGUCUCUUUUCUUGCCGGAUAUCUAAUCGGUUAGGUUGUCGUGUCUCAAGUCGAAGACAAAAUGAGGCUGUCUAUAUUUAACUCGUUGCCCACUCAUAUGGACUAUAAAGGUCAAAAAUUGGCGGAACAGAUUUUCCAAGGAAUAAUUCUCAUCUCUGCGGCGAUUGGGUUUGUGUACGGUCUGAUCAUUCAACAGUUUGGGUGGACUGUAUACAUAGUUCUGGCUGGAUUUGUUAUUUCCUGCUUUCUGACCCUGCCCCCGUGGCCAAUGUACAGAAAGAAUCCCCUGCCCUGGCAGCCUGUUAUACCAGACAGCACUGCAGAGUUCAGCCCAAAGACCCAGGAGAGUAUGAAGAAAAAGAAGCACAAAUGAGUGCCCCUCAUCUGGAUAUCUGUGCAUCUUUUUUAUAUAGUAAAUCAUUUUGAUCCAGUUACGGCUUUAUAAAGAAACAAAAUAUUACAGGGAUGACUUCGAUGUGUGUCCAAUAAAAUGUCAAAAUCUGA